AAGCGAAGAAGAAGAGGAGGCGGAACAAGGAAUCGGGAAUCAGCUGUCAAAAAAGUGUAAAGUGUAAAGCAACCGACCAGAUUGAGGUAAAUCCUUCAUUAAUAUUAUUUUUGCACACAUUUGUCAGGCAUAUAUGUGAUCUUAUUCUUAUCAGAAGAUACCGUAUGACUUCUGAGUGUGGUUGAAUCGGUGUCAUAAUGUACCCAACCUGCCGCUGAACUGCGUGAGCUCGGAUCGUAUGUAUGCUAACGCAGCUAGCCUUACUGGGCAAAGCGACAGAGCUAAGUUACACACAAUAUAAUACAAAUAGUGGUACAGUCGAGCUAUUUUGUUUUAAUUUGACUCUCCGUUGAACUGUGUUAACUUGGUUUUGAGUUAACUGUUCGGUUUGUAUCCGGCUAAAAUGGAUGAUCGGGGCUAACCGAGAAAACUAGUCCAUGUUGUUGACAUUUUCUGCGCCAGCUCGACCCAAUAAGCUAAAAAAUGCUGUUAAAGUACUAACAGUGAGGAAAAUAAGCACCAGUGAGCAAACGUGAUCAAAUAAUAACAUAAUAAGUGUCUUUGAAAACACUACCUGACAGUUAAAGGUAGAGGAAGUUUACUAUCUGUCUGUUCUGAUCAGAUUAAUCUAAUCAAAACAGAAACUGAUCAAUAAUUAAACCAGUUAGUUGGUUUUAAGAGAGAGUGUUUCUGAACCAGCAUGUGUUUACUUUGUUUUCCUGUCUGUACUGUGUUUCCAGAGAUGUCCAGAGCUUGUUUACAGCACUGACUGACUGACUGUUGUCUGCCUGUUAACACUGACUGAUUCAACACACCCGCGAAGAUGCCUGCAGUGUCCACCGGGGUCAAGGACCUGUACCUGUCCACAUCUCUGGGAGACCUCAAUAAAAAGGCUGAGAUUAAGCCAGACAAGACAAGUACCAGAAGGUAGGCUCCAUGGUUCCUGGUAUUUAGAGUUUUAUACAGACAGAGGUUGAAAGGAACUGAUCAUGUUUACAUGUGUUACUGUGAUCGAGAAGCUUUUUGAUGUAAAAAUAAAACAAAAAUAAAAUCAUGUAUAUUCAAAUGAUCAAAACAGACAUGUCUUACUCCCCCACCUUCACAGGAUAAAAGUAAGCACUCAGUACUUUCACUGACGGCUCUUUUACAAGACUAGAAGCCCUCAGUUAUCACUAUUCUAAAAGCCAAAGCUUUAACCCCUUUAUACCAUAACAAGUUAUUCCACUCUCAGCGAGCUCAGCUGUGAUAAUGCAUUUUGUUUUACCUUUUUAAAUGAUUUUUUUUAACAACAACACAUGUCAACUAGGGCCCGACCGAUAUGGAUUUUUGGGGCCAAUACCAAUACCGAUUAUUAGGGGGGAAAAUAAUCCAAUUACCGAUUAAUCGGCUGAUUUUUUAAAUUUUAUAUGAAGUAAGGAAAAAUACAUAUUUACAGUAGAUAUCUGCUGUAUACUGUAUACUGUAGAUAUACUGUAGGCUACUGCUCUUCAUGCCAACAGGAUCAAACUGAUCAAACUCAGACCAGAAAAGCAUUUUCAACUGUUUCCUACAUGGAAUAUUUGCUAAAAUAAGGCUGUUAAAAGACUGUCUUUUCUGAUACCUACCCUGUCACUGUGGUUACAGGCAGUACAAAUUACGAUAUAAAAUUAUCAGUCUGGGUGUUGGUGGUCUUUAUUCUUUUUGUGGGUCAUAAUAAGGUAUUACCAUUAUCCUUAUUCUCCACCAUAAACAGCUGAAAGCACCUCACAGGGGCUUUAAAUUGAGAUAGAUAUCAUCUUCCACUACUGAUACUGAACCACCUGAGCAUAUUGACCAAGUAGGUAGUUAUUUAUUGGUGAAAAUCAGUGAAUGAUUUCCCAAGUAAGGGCCCAAAGAAAUGAAGAUUUUAUGCAACAAAGGUUCCUGGACAAAAUGUGGCUCUGAGGAUUGAGAUCACGCCAAGUUAAGAAUGUUUUUCUUUUUUUUUCUUUUUUCGGAUGUUUUGCAGCUAUGUUCAGAGUGCCUGCAAAAUCUUCAAGGCGGCAGAGGAGUGUCGUCUUGACAGAGAUGAGGAGAAAUCCUAUGUGCUGUACAUGAAAUAUUUAACAGUAUACGACAUCAUCAAGAAAAGACCUGAGUUCAAGCAGCAACCGGUAUGGUGUCUUAUGAAAUUUUAACGUCUGAGUGUGCAUUUUUGCUACUAAACAAAGUGUACUUUUGUGUAAAGCCUCAUGCACCAUUUGUGUAAUCACUUCUUUUUUCUAUGGCGAUGUUAAAGGAGUAUUACAUGACCCUGCUUGGGCCAAACAGCUUUAAGAAAGCUAUUGAAGAAGCAGAGAAGCUCUCUGAAAGCCUUAAACUCAGGUAAGAAAUUCUGGUUGUUUCAGUUCAUUAUAUAAGACACACGCUUCAAGAAAAAACAUCAGAACAUAAGUAUGUCGCCGCAUUUCUGGUCGUUUUGCUCAGCUGAUCUCUAUUUCUGAAAAAGGUAUGAGGAAGUUGAGGUCCGUAAAAAACUUGAGGAGAAGGAGAGGCAAGAGGAGAAGAAGAGAAGAGAGGAAAUCACGGAAAAAGAUGGUGGUCGAGGUUCUCCAAAAUCUUCACCUGCAAACAAGAAGGACAGCAAAAAGGUAGAGAUGUUGAAUAAUUAAUGCGCUGUAGGGUGGAGCUUUCAUGUCCUCAAGGGGCGAUUUGACUUGCAUUAAAUAGUCAAUAGAAGUGAGCAUUAAAUACAAAGAUGCAGCACCAAUCAUAGGUUGAAUCCUGUUGUCUUUGAAAUGUUUUUUUUUCUUCUAAAUAUUUGAUUAAAUGAAAGACCCUCUGUGUCUUUGUAAUUUGAUCAGCUGUCCAGCUUUUUCUCAAGCCCAUUAAACAUCUGCCACAGAUAUCCUGACUUCUACUCAUGGUUGAUUCAGCACAUUUUAACACGGUUCCUUUUUCUCAACUGGAUUUUGACCGUUUUGAGUCUAACCAAAAGUGAAACAGGUUUCUGAGACAUGCAAUGAUGUUUUUUAGAGGAGAUUAUUCACAAACCUGAAAUAAUUUGAUCCUAUUUUAUUCUCAGAUUUCACACUGCAAAUGAAUUCAGAGGGCUUAUUAAAACGAAUGACUGUUAUCAAGAAUAUAAACAUAUCUGCACUGUUAUACUGGUCACUCAGUCUUCGCUUCUUUACAGCAUGAGCUUCAUCCUUUAUCGGUUUUUCAGGAUUAUAUGUUAUCUUAUCUCUAUAACAGCAGCAGUAGUUGCUUGGCAGAUGAAGGCAAAAUUAGAAAAUAUAUACGUAAAUGGCGUUGGGAUAUCAGUAUUUUUCACUGUAUGUAACUUCAGCAUCUUUUUUUGUGUGUGUCAGGUUAAGGGAGAACAAAAUGAACUGAAGAAUGCAACCUCGAAAGGUAAGCACAACAAACUGAACAGGAGAGGUCCAAUAAAGCUGUUGAGUUCAUUCUUCACCAUUAGUAAGAGUCAUUUUUAAAUCUUUAUAAAGAGAAAGCAUAAAAAGAGUCACUUGAAAAGAGUCACUUAAAAAGCUUUAAAAAGAGUCACUCUCAAAGAUUUUAAAUGAGUCAUUUUUAAAUCUUUAUAAAGAGUCACUCACAAAGCUUUACAAAGCGUCAGACAAAAAGAGUCCCUUUUUAAGCUUUAAAAAGAGUCACUUAAAAAGAUUCAUUUUAAAGAUUUAGAAAGAGGUGUUGUUCAAGUUGUCAUUGUUUUAAUUUCUUGUCUUCUUUGAUUGCUUCUUCUGAUAGCUCCAGGGCCAGCUGGUGGGAUCACAGCAGAGAAACUUUUCCACAUGAUGAAAGAUCAGACGAUCACGACAAUUGUCAUGGAUGCCCGCAGCCACAGGGACUUUGAGGAUUCUCACAUUCAGGUCCCAGCUCAGACCAUCAUCUCUGUGCCUGAGGAGGCCAUCAGCCCUGGGUAAGAGGGGUGUUAAAGGGUUCUUAUUUGACUUUUCCGCUUGAUGACACAGAAUGUGUCAUUUUUAUCUGCUUUCGUUUACUCUUGAAACUGAACUCCUUUCUUGGCUUUUCAGUAUCACUGUGAAUCAGAUUGAGGCAAAGCUGCCAGAGGUGUCCAAAGAGCAUUGGAGGCGGCGAGGAUUAGUGGAUUAUAUAGUCCUGCUGGACUGGUUUAGCUCAGUGACGGACCUUAAACUUGGCACCACUUUACAGAGCCUCAAAGAUGCGCUCUUCAAGGUAACGCUGCUCUCAGAUAGGCCUCUGUGCACCUGGAUUUGCCUGACUUUUACUGGCAGGAAUACUAACACACUGACACUCUCCACAGUGGGACAGCAUCACCAUCCUGCGUAGUGAGCCGCUGGUGCUGGAGGGAGGUUAUGAGAAUUGGCUGUUGUUUUACCCUAUGUACUCUACCAACGCCAAAGUCAGACCCCCAAGACAGAGCGCCAUCAACACGCUCCCUCAGUGUGAGUACCACCGCUUCAUAUUGAUCAGUACUAGAGCUUUAUUGUAUUUUAUUUUUUAACUAUGACUGUAGCAGGUUUUAGUUUAUCGAAAUAAAGUCUCUGUGAUUCUGUCCAUGCUGUGAUAUGUGGUGCUAAAAAUGAAGCCAGUACAGCAGCGCCCAUUACUGCAGAGCUGUGAGUGUCCAUUAAAGGCUGGAUUAAAAGCCUUGAAAGCCCCUCUAGAGCCCAGCUGAAAACGCCCUGUUUCUGUCAUGCUUUGAACAGUGAACUUCAGUUACCCAUCCCUUGAGGAACCGAAGCCUCCGACGCCGCCUCCACCAGAGCCCGAGGUUCCACCCGAGCCCCAAGAACCCUCAGCUCCUGUGCUGGUGAACGGGGUCACGCCAGCAGAACCUCCUACAUCCAAAACCUCCAUGGUCGCUGAUAGAUUGCCAGACACUGUUGAUUCUCCACAUCCCAUCCCUACACACUCUGGGUCGGACCUUGGUAAGGGUUCUGCAACAGGCAACUCGAGCCAAUCACCUUCAACAGCAAAGGCCUUCCCUCAGGUAUUUUAUCCAACCAGAUCAGUCUUAAAAUGUUGGAGAGUAGAAAAAAUUAUGGAUUUUUGAGUCUUCUCUUUUCUUUUACAGUUUGACCGCACCAAGAAACCCUCUGUCCGUGUUUUCGAUGAGCCAAAACCCAACCAGAACGGUUCGGCAAAAGAUCCCACACAGAACGGCCCAGUCAUCCCCGACCGCUCAGUCAAACCUCCCUUCAACUCCAGCUCCUCUCUUUCCAAGGAAGAACAAAGUCAGAUUCACUCCGAGGCCGUGGCCGUGAUGGAGAAGGCCAAACUCGAGCAGGAGAAACGCAACCAGGAGAGACGGUUAGAGGAGGAGAGGCGGGAGAAGGAGUUGAAAGAGAGGCAGGAAAAGGAGGAACGUGAGAAGAAGAAGAAAGAGGAGGAGGAGAAGGGACCUACUGACAAGAAGAAACUAGAGAGACAGAAAGCUGAGGAAGAGGAGGACAGAGAGGGUCGAGUGUGGGAGGAGAAAGAGAGGAGGGGGAAGGAUCAGAACUCUGAAACCCCCUCCAAGAGUAUGUCACUGGACUCACCUGCUCCCAACCAUAUUGUCAGUGAAAUAAAGGUGGGUAUCGAUGUUUACAGUCACUACACAUGUCUAUUUAAUGCAAAGUAUUCAAGCUCUGUUGCAGAAAGAAGUAGUUUUUUUGUUUUGUUUUAAUUCAGUGUACUCUGAGAUGUUUCUGUCACUAAAAAGUUUUUGUAUUUAUUCCACAGAGGGAGCCCCUGACCCGAGCGAGGAGCGAGGAGAUGGGCAGGAGCGUCCCAGGUCUUCCAGACGGUUGGAUGAAGGUAAAUGACGUUUAUGUGGAAGAAACUUAAGUGAAAAUGAUUAAGACACAAGACGUUAUUUUCUCAGACAAGAGUUUUCCUUUUCAUCCACUAAUCUAUUUUCCUCCAUAUUUGCCCCUCCACCUCUGGCUAGUUCCUUGACACAGUCACGGGAACAUACCGAUACUACCAUUCCCCAACCAAUCGAGUCCACCUCUACCCUCCUGAGGUCACUGUUCCCCAGACCCCUCCAUCCACUCCGCCAACAGUCAAACAGAAGCCGCCGCAACCAGCUGAGCCUGACUCCAACCGCGAUCGAGAGCGGGAGCAGUCGAAACUGAAACGCUCCUACUCCUCUCCAGACAUCAGCCAGGAUCUGAGAGAGGAGGCGCAGAAGAAAGCUGCCGCCCAGACAGCUGCUCCUGUCAUUCCUACCAUCAACAGAGAGACCAAGUAAGGACCGCUGAGACUUUGUGAUACUCCUACACGACUGUACCGUCCAUCCAGACUUCUAGGACACAUAUCCAAAGUCUUCCGGUGUGUUCUUAUCAUGUUUUUUUAUGCCUCUCAGACCUCCUCCUGCCAAAGUCUACUCUAAAGUGGAGAUUGUGAGGCCUUCAGCUGCCAAAAUCCGCAACCUGAACCCUACAUUUGGAGGUCUGGGUGCGUCUCUGACAGGUCUUCGUAACAUGGGGAACACAUGCUACAUGAACUCCAUCUUACAGUGUCUGUGCAACACUCCUGCCUUGGCUGAGUACUUCAACAACAACCUGUACAUGGAGGACAUCAACAGGUCGGGGUUUAGAUAAAUAAAGUGUCAUAAAGUUUCUUUUAUGAGGAUACUUUCUGACAAUCUGUCCUCGUUGUGUUUUCUGACAGGUACAACAUACUGGGCCAUAAAGGGGAGGUGGCAGAGGAGUUCGGCGUGAUCAUGAAGGCUCUGUGGGCCGGUUUGUAUAAGUGCAUCAGCCCGCGGGACUUCAAGAUCACCAUCGGGAAGAUCAACGAGCAGUUCGCUUGCUAUGACCAGCAAGACUCCCAGGAGCUGCUGCUGUUCCUCAUGGACGGACUCCAUGAAGAUCUCAACAAGGUAAUGAUUCCACUUAAAAACCCCUCUGACAGAAACACCAGUGAAGUUUAAAAACAAAGGAUUCCGUUUACAGAGAUGCUAAUAUCCACAUCCUGAUUCAAGCACUGAGUGAAUAAAUAAUGAGUGAUUAACUCCUUUCAGCUCCUGAGGCGUCGACCACACCCCUGUAUGUUGUUGCACAUUUUCCUGUUUACAAUGACAACGUAGUUUUUUUUAUCAUUGUCCUUCUUUCUGUUUUUUCACCGGGUUUCAUUUUGAUGACAAAUUAGAGAGUAAGUAAAUAGCUGUGUGUCUUUGGUCCUCCUGCAGCAGUGUGAGUGUGGAGUGUCUGCGUCUGUCUGGUCUGAUACUCUUGUCAGAACCUCUGUGCAUGUAGACCCAAGACAUGCCUCAUCGCCUGUACCGACUGAUUUUACUGGAUUCAUGUGCAUUUAAAUGACAGAAAGGACUAGUCGGGUUAAACAAAAUGAAGGGAAAGAUAAUCCCAUAGCUUGAUUUUUCUUUUUUUUUCUAUUUUAAAACUUGACAAAACAUGAUAACAUCAGAUUUUUCAAUUUACUCUUUUGAACUGUAAAAGAAGCAUUUAAAAAACUUUGAUACUGUCUCCCCCUGGGGGUAGACUACAGGUAAUACAUUCGGAGCACUAAAUUUAUCAAGCUGCUCAUUCUGUUGACGUUUAAGGGUGACACACAUUUGUCAUGGCACAUUUCCCAUCUCAUCACAUCCCUUUUGUGUGAUCUUCAGACCCGUCAGCCAUCAGACUGGUCCUCUUUAUCACUCCAAGCGAACUGAUGGAUCAGUUUAACUCAUAUUGAAUAUUAAUAAGCAGUUGUUUACCUGCCCUUCAUUUCUUCCUGCUGAACUGCAUGCUGGUGGAACAGAGAUUUUAUAACUUUGAUAUUUAAUAGUUUUCUAAAGUUUUUUCAAACUGUAACUUCAUAAUUUUCUCUUUCUGCUCUUAAUAAUUGAGCUUUAACUGAACCUCAAAGGCAGUUUAUUUUAACACCUAGAGGUGCAGUUGUUCCUGUGUAACAUUCAUGUUGUGUUAUGGUGUCUGGUGUCAGGCGGACAACCGGAAGCGCUACAAGGAGGAGGAAAAUGACCAUCUGGAUGAUCAGACGGGCGCCGACCUGGCCUGGAGCAAACACAAGCUGCUGAACGAGUCCAUCAUCGUAGCGCUUUUCCAGGGUCAGUUCAAGUCAACGGUGCAGUGUUUGACUUGCCAUCGCAAGUCAAGGACGUUUGAGACCUUUAUGUACCUGUCCCUGCCGCUGGCCUCCACCAGCAAGUGCUCCCUGCAGGUCAGUGGGAUACAAGACAUAAACACCACAAUGUCUGAACGACAGAAGUACGUUACUGAGAACACAAUUUGGGGGAAAUGUAUGUUUUGGUUUUUGUUUCUGAGACCAGAUUAAAAUGUUCAGAGCCCUCCCCCACAGUUUCAAAAAAUCAUGGAGAUAAUCCUGCAUCUGUAACAAGUGCACUGUGGGUAAAAAGGGUUCUAGUUUCAUCCUCCUCAUUUCCAUCAACGUUGUUUUUUCCUGGUGCAUCACAGCACUUUUUAUGUUGAAAACGUGUUUCUGUAUUCUAUCAUUUCGGUCUGUGUAUAAUGCACUGGUCUCAGAUCAGCAGGAACAGCACAGCAGAACUGCUUUGUUGGAGAGUCUCAGAGUCUAAAUGAGCCGACUAGACAAGAAAUCCAGACAUUAAACUAGUAAAGAGUGCAGAUUUAAACACAAGUAUUCUGACUAACCCUAAUGACUAAAAUACGACUUUUAUUGAUGAAGACUGGACUGAAACUAAAAAAGACCAAAAUGUGGCUUCAGCAGAUAAGACUAGAUCAUAAGUAGCUGCCAAAAUGAAACGUCUAACAUGUUUUCUGCUUCUUGGUAGGACUGUCUGAGACUGUUUUCUAAGGAGGAGAAGCUGACUGACAACAACAAGGUGUUCUGCAGACACUGCAAGGCCCACAGAGAUUCCACAAAGAAACUGGAGAUCUGGAAAGUUCCACCGAUUCUCCUGGUUCACUUAAAACGGUCUGUAAAGAUGCAUGUGCUCAAACUGAUUAAGGUCAUUACACUGUUUAAAAAAGUGUUGACUCAUUCAAAGUAGAAGGAAGAAAGAACCCGAGAAAACUUAUGAGAACCUUUUUCUUUUUUCUGAGUGUAGACACCAUUUUUAUUUCAUUGUCAUUAUUUCUGCAGAUUCUCCUAUGAAGGCAGGUGGAAGCAGAAGCUGCAGACGUAUGUAGAUUUCCCUCUAGACUGUCUGGACCUGUCUCAGUACGUCAUUGGACCCAAACAGAACCUGAAGAGAUACAACCUUUAUGGGCUAUCUGUAAGUAAAAAUGAAAUGAUUUGUAGCUUUGACAGGUUUUUUUUUUUUUUUAGUGAAAACCUCCCUGUAAUAAAUGUUUAUUUUAGUACAUUCAGACAGUACAGAACAAAUAGUGAAACAACCGUGGGCUUGGACAGAACAUCUGUGAAGAUAAAUGUAAAAACUAUAAAAAACAAAGAAAUAUACUGACUGUAUGAUCUUAAUGUAGUUUUAUUAUUGCUAUGAAGUGAUCACUUUCAUUUUAAAAUCCCCACAUAGAUGUAAAAUAUACACUUAACAUCUUGCCUUUAACCACAAGUGUAUAAAAUGGAAAUAGAGAGUGUAAUAUAUGCAGUAGAUUAGAGUGAGCCCCAGCUCUGUGUGUUGAAGCUGAUCUACACGAGUCUAUAUGGAAAUGAAGCUCCAUACGUUUGUUCCUGUGUUCCCACCGUGACGCAUCUCCCAAUAACUCUUGUAAUAACUGCUGACCUGAGUCACUCUAAUACUCUGCGUUGUACAUGGAUGUUAUGUGGAGUAAGAAACAGUACUGAGGAAACAAUAGGACUGCUUACAAACUUCAAAACUCUCACAUCUUUGAAAAGCUUUUCUGUUUGUUUACUGGAUCAUGCUCGUCUGUCUAACUGGAUAUAUCAGCUCUUUUUAAAGUCCGAUGUAAUGUGUACUUAAAUCUUCAGUCUACUUUAUAAUAAUAACUUUAUUUUUAUAGCACUUUUAAAAACAGAAGUUUGCAAAGUGCUUUAGUCAUACAGCAUAGAACGUCAGAACAUGGAAAUAAAAACAAAAGCUCAGUGAAAACAAGGCCUCAGAAUUAAAGGCCAAUUUCAUUUGUCAUAAGGAAUCCAGACAGUGCAAGAUACAGCAUAAAAUGAGACCAUGAGGACCAAAAUAAAAACAUGAAAUAGGUAAGAAAAGGAACGCAAUAAAAAAGGGGGGUAGAAAGCAGGAAACAGGAUAGUAAAAAAAAAAGACGAUGACAAUAAUGAUAAUAAUAAUAAUAAUAAUAAUAAUAAUAAUGAUAAUAAUAAUAAGAAUAACAAAAAUGAGCAAGAGAAAAAACAAUAUCAAUAAAAGGCCUAGUAGGUUAAAUAAGACAAGAUUAUAACAAAGGCUAAAAAGACAGUAAGCCGAAAUAAGAUGGAGGAGAAAGAGAAAAGUCGGCAUCACAUAAAAGCAAGUCCGUAAAAGUGAGUUUAGAGUUUUCAAAGUGACUUUCAAAGACCUUUGGCUCAAUUUUCAUGAUAUAACCGCUGAAUUAACUUCCAGAUGUUCUGUUUUGGGGGCUCUUGAAAGCAGGACAGAUUAAAAAAGUAAUAGAAGUAACUAUCAUUAAUGUCGACUGUGUGUUUCGUGUUCUUCUCUCCCCCUGCUAGAACCACUACGGCGGUUUAGACGGCGGCCAUUACACUGCCUACUGUAAGAACGCCCCCAAACAGCGCUGGUACAAGUUUGACGACCAUGAGGUGUCUGACAUCUCCACCUCCUCUGUCAAGUCCUCCGCAGCCUACAUCCUGUUUUACUCCAGCCUGUGAUGGAGCUAUAAAACACGAAGAGAGAAGAACACUACACCAGGGGGCAGCGACACUCGGGUCUUGAGGUUGAUUUCCUUUUUUUUCUUUCUCUUUUUUAAAAUCGGGAGUUCUGAGGACCUGGUGCACGCAGCCGCGGGCUCAACAGCUUUGUAUGUGCACGCUUGGACAUCCUCUGGCGUGCGGCUGCGAGAGCCCCCCUGUUUGUUGCGGACUGGAAAAAGGUGCAAUGCUUCAGCUACUAGAAGACUGUAUACCUGUUAAAACAUGCCGUCUGCUCAUUUUGCUGAUAAUCUAGAGAUGAAUCAGAUGCUCCCUUUACUUCUGUACCAUGAUGGUGGUGUUGUAGGGCAGACAGCUGGUUCAGAUGCGCCUCACUGUCUUUUCUGUUGCACUCCGCCAACGCAGAACUGAUUUCCAGCUUUCCUGUACGGGGCAGCCUGAAGAUUGAGACGGCAUGUACAUACUUACCAAUGCUGAUGUUGCACAUUUAGACAUGUAAAUACUCGAGGGCAAGGUGUUUCUCUGUUAAGUGACCAAAUUCUUAUAAUUUUGUCUUCAAAGUAGCAGCCAUCAUAGCGUCAUCAUACUCAAACAAAAUAACCGCCUGAUUUUGGGGUUUAGCCUUCUGAUGUUUCACAUGAUCUUUAAGAUGGUAGAGACUGUGAUUGUUGACAUUGUGCAUUCUUGGAAGAGAGGAGGGAUUGAGAUUGUUGCUUGUUCAUAUCCGCCGCAUUGUUGCACUCACACAAUAUGCAAUCAAGUUCUGUUGUUUAUGUGGAUCACGUUGUUUUAACAGCAGACAUUAACCCUCGACUCAGAAUGCUUUAAAUAAUACCGAUGCUGUGAUCUCGACUGUCUCCUCUGUCCGGGCGGAAACAGAGAAACCUGCUUGGAAAAUGUCUUUGUUGUAGUAUUUUCUCUCUGUUUAACGACAACAUUAAUAUACUCAGAUAAGGAAUUUAGAGGAAAACUCAACUGGGAGAACUGGGCAUCCGUCUUGGCUCUGACUGGCGAUGCUGGAUUUGAAGGAACGAGUUUCUAACAGGCUGAAAUUAAUAUUUCUGUGACUAAUUUGUUUAUUUCUGACCCAUGAGAAUAUGAAUACAUGACAAAUUGACUUUCUCACUCUCACCAACAUUUGCUGCCUGACUGACUGACUGACUGACUGACUGACUGACUGACUGACUGACUGACUGACUGACUGACUGACUUACUGACUGACUGACUGACUGACUGACUGACUGACUGACUGACUGACUGACUGACUGACUGACUUACUGACUGACCAGAGCAAGCACAACAUAUACUGAUACUCUUGGACCAGAGAUGUGGGCUGGCAGGAUUUGACUCUCCUCUUACUGAUUACAGUUUUAUUGCCUAGCAUGAGAUCAUAACCUGUUUUCUUUUUACUUGUACAUGUUGAUUUUAUUUCUCUAAAAUAAUUUGUUUCAGAUAUAACGAUUAUAUUAACCUCAAACAGCUCAUAUGACUAUUUAUUAAAACUGCUUCAAAUUAC